UCGCGACGGGGAUAGGGGCGUUUUCCCUCUAUAUAUUAUCGCGAGGGAUUGAACCAGGCAGUUUUUGCCCUAAAUCGAUCUCCACCGCCGCCGCCGCCGCCGCCAGCCACCUCUGCAUCAUGCCUUUUCAUUUUCAUUGUCAUCUGUCCUGGUCUGCGCCGCCACCGGUGGAGCAAGCAGCUCUCGCAUGGAUCUUCCAGGACAUUUCCGACAACCCAUGCGUCUUCAAUUCCCUGGCAAGCCUCUUUGCCGUGGAAUACAUGGCGUUAAUGGCUUUGCACAUCCGCUGGCGUUGGGUGCGCAACUUGAGCGCCAUGCCGAUAGCCGUCGUCUGCAUCCUCGUCAACAGCCCUGCGGCGGUCACGAUCAUAGUCGCCCCGACGUUCUUGUGGGGACAUCUUUUCGGGGAUCCCCAGUUCGCCACCUGCCUCUCGUGGCUAUUGGCGGCGGCGCUCGUCGUCUUCCUCUGGCGGUGCAUCUCCAUCGACAGGGCUCUUUCAAAGAACUCAUCCCAGCCUCACCUCGAAGAAGAUACGUGUAAAAAUGACGGCGUGCUCCAUAUUUUGACAUUUGAUUAUUAGAGAGGUACCAUUACUAGUGCUUGCUUUGACUUAUUAUAAAUUUUCGACAUUCAGUUAAGGACUGUUUAAUUUGGUUGUUAGAUCACGCAAUAAUUCAUUGUACUUUGACCUUAUGUAUUUAUUACUUGACAUUUAUUUCGGGAAUCACACCUACUGUAGUGAA